UCAGAAGCGUCACGGCUAUUUGAGCAGGAUGAGUUUCUUGUUUACUCAGCUUAAAUCCAACACUGGUCUACAGAUGUACAAACCAUAUGUGGCCACCAAAGAGUCAACUGACGUCACACAGAAGCGGUUCAGCUCCCCCAUUGACCAGACCUUUAUCAUAGAGUCCGGCAGACCAGGAUAUCAAGGGGCUCCAUCUGCCAGCGUGGUGAUCAAACAAAAGAUCUUCGGCACGCAGGCAAUGUUUCCUGCAGGGAGGAGGAGUCCCGCCAGAAACUUUCACCAGAUAUGUUCUCAGUGUUUGGUAGAUGGAAGUUUACCAAUCGCCAAGAAGAUCCCAACAUUCCGAGCUCCUUCAGAGCUUCCUGUGUUUUCAGACUUUACGCCACAGCCUUGGAUCAUUGAUCUACCAAAAGCAAAGGAAUUAGUCUCAAAUUACCAGAGCAAAUUACCGUUUGGGCAGAGGAUGAUGAACCAGUUUGCAGGUGUAGUGGGUGAGAAGCUGAAGGUGCCAAGCGAACAGGCUCUCGUCCAAAGGAAACAACAGUUUUCUACAGAAAAUGAGCAGAACUUGUUGAAGUUAUCAACCACAAACAAAGCCACCCGAUUCAGGCCAAAAAGGAACAUUGAUAUUAAAGCGAUGGAGUCAAUGUGGUCAACAAGCAAUGUAUGUGAGGAGUUACAGACUGUCGCCCUCAUGUCACCUGCGUUUCUGGAGAUCCCUACAUUACUGGCGCUGGACAUCAACGCAUCAAUAAACAAAGCAUUUCACAGCAUACAACAGAGGAUUCAGCAGAAUAAUGAGAGAAUGAGACACAAGCAAUCUUAGUCACAGGC